AUGGCAUGGCCAACCAACUCACUGGAAAUUAAACAUCGCGUCUUCGCGCUCCUGUGUGUCCUUACUUCAUCACCUUUCGAGCAUCCAUCAGUGAAGUGCCGCGUGCUCUCCUCCGCUUACCUAUUUACACCAUGUUACGCCGCCAGCAAUGGAGAGCUCGAGACUUCGCAUUCAUCCAGAAAAGAUGUCGAGGAGUUGUUACAAGAAUUGGAUAUCUCUGGGGAAGAGCGCAGUCAAUUGUUCAAGUCCAUUGCUGAUGCAUUCAUACAAUCUGGCCAGCCUCAAUCUGCAGCGAUCGAUGCCAUAGCCUUGGCGUUGUGCUCAUCCACCUUGUUCGACUUUGAUCCACUGUUCAAGUUGGACGCUGUUGUCUCGGCGAAAGAUCGCGAGGCUUUGUCGCUUCUGCAGGUGUUUUUGAAUAGCGAUCUAGCAGAAUUACAUUCAUCGCUCGAAAGCCAUCUCGCUAUUCUCGAAAAAUAUGAGUUCGCCUCGAUCCUGCAGAUUGAAUUGAGUGAAGUAGAGAAGUGGGCGAUCGAUGCCAACAUCAAGGGACUUCUCCAUCAAUAUAUGUUCCCGUCAGUUAUGCAAUCAACGCUUGUCACUACCGGUAGUGCUUUGCUUGGGAGUGCUGCCACGUACUGCGCAGCGUAA